AAGCUAGAGGCAAACACAACUCCACAUUUGUAUUGAGAUCUACCCGUGCACCUACGUCCUUGCACAGCCUACAGAUUUUGUGUGUGUGUGUGUGUGUGUGUGAGAGAGGGGCACCAGUAAACAUAGCAGUGCUGCUACAGAUAAACUCCAAAUAGCUCUAUAGCCUUGUUGAGUGAGUGACAGGAGUUUUUUUUUCUGGAUCUGAAUUUAAGUCCUCAUAGCCUGGAUUGGAUUAUUAUUUUUCCCCCGUUGUGAUACCCAAUUUAAGAGGAUACCUGUUACUUUCCAAUUUUUUUGGUUGAUUAUAGAGCGCGCCAUCCCAGGUGUGAGGAGGGCACAGUAUGAGUCAAGCUGCAGAUUCGUGAGGGAGGCUGGGCCCAGAAGGAUAAGCACCUUGCCCUGUUUUGCUCCUUGGAGGAAAGGAGAACAUUGGUUAUCUGCUUCUGGAAAAGGGACCAGAGCCCUGGAUUAAUGUGUACACAGGCUUGACAAGAAAGCAGAGGAUUCUGGGUUACCUGAAGACCUGGAGUACACAAGUGAACAGGCCUGUAUUGAGCCUGUGGCACAGGGGAUUGGCAUGGCUCAGACCAGCUUUGUGUCAACUCAUCAUGCCUGUCGGGCUUGAUUGCAGAAAGGAGCCUUUGCUAAAGCUUGCCCCAUUCUACACGCGGAACACUAUACAACACCCAAAAAAUCUCAUUUGCAGUUAUGGCUGUUGAACUCAACACCCAUUAGGAUUUUUUAAUAUUACCUGAGAGCGCAUGUUUUGUCAGUGAGAGGGGGAUGCUUUUUCUUCAGGCUUAUCUGCCAUGGUAAAGGCAUUGAAAGCAUGAGCCUCUGACUACACAGAGGAGGUCAUCGUCCAAACAAGGAUCAGCUCAACAAACACUGACCAGGUCAGGAUAUCACCAGAAACCCCUCGGACAAACUUUUCCUUUGAGAAAGGAUAAAAGAAAAUUCAAGAGGAAAUCUUGAUUGGAUUUUUGGCGGCUGGGAAGGAUUAACCACAUCGUAUAAAUCAGGGGCUCUUGAGUGAUUAGACUGCCAGGCAACACAGCUUCAAGAUGGUGCGUCAAUGCAAGGCCUUUAUCCUCUUCCUCACCCGGGUCGGGCUGCUGCUGGGUCUUGCUAACCCCCUGAUGACCUCCGCCUCAUGUCCCUCAGCCUGCCGCUGCGAUGGGACCUUCAUCUACUGUAAUGACCGUGGCCUGACUUCCAUCCCUACUGGUAUGCCCCAGGAUGCUACAGUGCUCUUUCUGCAAAACAAUCGCAUCAAGAGUUCAGGCAUUCCUGCAGAGCUCCGCAAGCUGACAAAUGUGGAGAAGAUCUACCUUUACUGCAACAAUCUGGAUGAGUUCCCCACUAACCUUCCUCUUGGGCUGAAAGAGCUCCACCUUCAGGAGAACAACGUUCGGAUGAUUACCCAUGCCUCUUUAGCUCAGAUUCCCUACAUUGAGGAACUACACCUGGAUGAUAACUCUGUAUCUGCGGUCAGCAUAGAGGAGGGGGCCUUCAGGGACAGCAACCACCUCAGACUGCUUUUUCUCUCCAGAAACCACCUAAGUACCAUCCCUCUAGGCCUACCCAUGAGCAUUGAGGAGCUGCGCUUUGAUGACAACCGCAUCUCCUCCAUCUCAGAGCAGUCGCUCCAAGAUCUCAUCAACCUGAAGCGACUAAUCCUGGAUGGUAACCUGCUCAAUAACCGUGGGAUUGGGGAGAUGGCUCUCAUCAACCUGAUCAACCUGACUGAGCUCUCGCUCGUGAGGAACUCGUUGACAAUGCCCCCAGCCAACUUGCCAGGCAACAGUUUGGAGAAGCUGCAGCUACAAGAUAAUCACAUUAAUCGGAUCCCGCCUGGGGCUUUCGCCUUCCUUAGGCAGCUGUAUCGCCUGGACCUGUCUGGCAACAACCUGAGCAGCCUCCCACAGGGUGUGUUUGAAGAUCUGGACAAUCUCACACAGCUACUGCUACGCAACAACCCCUGGCAGUGCAACUGCAAGAUGAAAUGGGUCCGUGACUGGCUGCGGUCGUUGCCAUCUAAGGUGAAUGUACGUGGCUUCAUGUGCCAGGGUCCUGAUAAGGUCAAAGGCAUGGCAAUUAAGGACCUAACUACAGACAUGUUUGACUGCACGGAAUCAGAACUCAACCCCACGUAUGAGACAAGCACAGUCUCCAACACUUUACGCCCCACACAGCCCCAGUGGCCCUCGUUUGUGACUAAAAGGCCUGUAGUAAAAGGGCCUGACAUUGGUAAGAAUUACCACAGCACCACAACCUCUUCUGGCAGAAAGAUCAUCACCAUCAGUGUGAAGUCAAGUAGUGCUGAUGCAAUACACAUAUCAUGGAGGGUGUCGCAGCCCAUGACUGCCCUGCGGCUCAGCUGGCUAAAGCUGGGACACAGCCCUGCCUUUGGCUCCAUCACUGAGACCAUUGUGCAAGGGGAGAGGAGGGAGUACCUGCUCACAGCGCUGGAGCCAGAGUCUUCCUAUAGGAUAUGCAUGGUUCCCAUGGAGACCAGCAACAUUUACCUGUCAGAUGAGACCCCUGUUUGCAUCGAGACAGAGACUGGUUCUCACAAAUCAUACAACCCGACUACGACUUUAAACAGAGAGCAGGAGAAAGAGCCUUACAAAAAUUCCAGUCUGCCUUUGGCUGCUAUCAUUGGAGGGGCUGUGGCUCUUUUGGCAAUAAUCAUGUUGGCACUGGUGUGUUGGUAUGUCCACAGGAAUGGUUCACUUUUUUCCAGGAACUGCACCUACAACAAAGGCCGUCGGAGAAAGGAUGACUAUGCUGAGGCUGGCACUAAGAAGGACACCUCCAUCCUAGAAAUACGAGAGACAUCUUUUCAAAUGAUACCUAUAAAUCACCUGCCUGUGUCCAAGGAGGAGUUUGUGAUACACACGAUUUUCCCACCUAAUGGCCUGACUUUAUACAAAAGCCCACACACCGACAACAGUAUUAACAACAGGAGCUACAGAGACAGUGGAAUACCAGAUUCAGACCACUCCCAUUCAUGAUAUUGCGCAUGGUCAUUCAUGAGGAGUGCGUGACAUAAACAGAGUGGCAAGACUUUUACAAAACACUGGAUCUAUAAGACUAAGGAAGCAAUGUUCUGUACAUUUGCCAUAUAAUUUAUAUUUAAGGACAUUUUAUGAGGAUGGAGAACGUUCCAGUUGCAGGCCGUCACUGAACCAUCAGUGGGUAUUGUAACUAACUGCAAUUCUAUAUUUUAGGAAUUUGUAGUAAUUUGUACUGUAUUACCUUUGCUUAAGGUUAUCGACCAACUAAAAGAAACUCUGUGUUCUACUGAGAUAUGACUUGUCAACUGUGAAAGUGGGUUUUCAUUGCUGUGUUGAACAAUCAGACCUUAGAAAACCUUGUAGUAUAAGCACAGGUCAUUCUUUUAACUUUGUGGCUGUCUGAAAAACAAAAA